UGAACAGGUUUAGAGAGGAGAGAGUGGUGGUGGUGAACAGGUUUAGAGAGGAGAGAGUGGUGGUGGUGAACAGGUUUAGAGAGGAGAUAGUGGUGGUGAACAGGUUUAGAGAGGAGAUAGUGGUGGUGAACAGGUUUAUAGUGGAGAGAGUGGUGGUGAACAGGUUUAGAGAGGAGAGAGUGGUGGCGGUGAACACGUUUAGAGAGGAGAGAGUGGUGGUGGUGAACAGGUUUAGAGAGGAGAGAGUGGUGGUGGUGAACAGGUUUUUUGAGGAGAGAGUGGUGGUGAACAGGUUUAGAGAGGAGAGAGUGGUGGUGGUGAACAGGUUUAGAGAAGAGAUAGUGGUGGUGGUGAACAGGUUUAGAGAGGAGAGAGUGGUGGUAGUGAACAGGUUUUUUGAGGAGAGAGUGGUGGUGAACAGGUUUAGAGAAGAGAUAGUGGUGGUGGUGAACAGGUUUAGAGAGGAGAGAGUGGUGGUGGUGAACAGGUUUAUAGAGGAGAGAGUGGUGGUGGUGAACAGGUUUAGAGAGGAGAGAGUGGUGGUGGUGAACAGGUUUAGAGAGGAGAGAGUGGUGGUGGUGAACAGGUUUAGAGAGGAGAGAGUGGUGGUGGUGAACAGGUUAAGAGAGGAGAGAGUGGUGGUGGUGAACAGGUUUAGAGAGGAGAGAGUGGUGGUGAACAGGUUUAGAGAGGAGAGAGUGGUGGUGGUGAACAGGUUUAGAGAGGAGAGAGUGGUGGUGGUGAACAAGUUUAGAGAGGAGAGAGUGGUGGUGAACAGGUUUAGAGAGGAGAGAGUGGUGGUGGUGAACAGGUUUAGAGAGGAGAGAGUGGUGGUGGUGAACAGGUUUAGAGAGGAGAGAGUGGUGGUGAACAGGUUUAGAGAAGAGAUAGUGGUGGUGGUGAACAGGUUUAGAGAGGAGAGAGUGGUGGUGGUGAACAGGUUUAUAGAGGAGAGAGUGGUGGUGGUGAACAGGUUUAGAGAGGAGAGAGUGGUGGUGGUGAACAGGUUUAGAGAGGAGAGAGUGGUGGUGGUGAACAGGUUUAGAGAGGAGAGAGUGGUGGUGGUGAACAGGUUAAGAGAGGAGAGAGUGGUGGUGGUGAACAGGUUUAGAGAGGAGAGAGUGGUGGUGAACAGGUUUAGAGAGGAGAGAGUGGUGGUGGUGAACAGGUUUAGAGAGGAGAGAGUGGUGGUGGUGAACAAGUUUAGAGAGGAGAGAGUGGUGGUGAACAGGUUUAGAGAGGAGAGAGUGGUGGUGGUGAACAGGUUUAGAGAGGAGAGAGUGGUGGUGGUGAACAGGUUUAGAGAGGAGAGAGUGGUGGUGAACAGGUUUAGAGAAGAGAUAGUUUUGGUGGUGAACAGGUUUAGAGAGGAGAGAGUGGUGGUGAACAGGUUUAGAGAGGAGAGAGUGGUGGUGAACAGGUUUAGAGAGGAGAGAGUGGUGGUGGUGAACAGGUUUAGAGAGGAGAGAGUGGUGGUGGUGAACAGGUUUAGAGAAGAGAUAGUGGUGGUGGUGAACAUGUUUAGAGAGGAGAGAGUGGUGGUAGUGAACAGGUUUAGAGAGGAGAGAGUGGUGGUGAACAGGUUUAGAGAGGAGAGAGUGGUGGUGAACAGGUUUAGAGAGGAGAUAGUGGUGGUAGUGAACAGGUUUAGAGAGGAGAUAGUGGUGGUAGUGAACAGGUUUAGAGAGGAGAGAGUGGUGGUGGUGAACAGGUUUAGAGAGGAGAGAGUGGUGGUGAACAGGUUUAGAGAGGAGUUAGUGGUGGUGGUGAACAGGUUUAGAGAGGAGAGAGUGGUGGUGGUGAACAGGUUUAGAGAGGAGAGAGUGGUGGUGGUGAACAGGUUUAGAGAGGAGAUAGUGGUGGUGGUGAACAGGUUUAGAGAGGAGAGAGUGGUGGUGGUGAACAGGUUUAGAGAGGAGAGAGUGGUGGUGGUGAACAGGUUUAGAGAGGAGAGAGUGGUGUUGGUGAACAGGUUUAGAGAGGAGAGAGUGGUGGUGAACAGGUUUAGAGACGAGAGAGUGGUGGUGAACAGGUUUAGAGAGGAGAGAGUGGUGGUAGUGAACAGGUUUAGAGAGGAGAGAGUGGUGGUGGUGAACAGGUUUAGAGAGGAGAGAGUGGUGGUGGUGAACAGGUUUAGAGAGGAGAGAGUGGUGGUGGUGAAUACGUUUAGAGAGGAGAGAGUGGUGGUGGUGAACAGGUUUAGAGAGGAGAGAGUGGUGGUGGUGAACAGGUUUAGAGAGGAGAGAGUGGUGGUAGUGAACAGGUUUAGAGAGGAGAGAGUGGUAGUGGUGAACAGGUUUAGAGAGGAGAGAGUGGUGGUAGUGAACAGGUUUAGAGAGGAGAGAGUGGUAGUGGUGAACAGGUUUAGAGAGGAGAGAGAGGUGGUGGUGAACAGGUUUAGAGAGGAGAGAGUGGUGGUGGUGAACAAGUUUAGAGAGGAGAGAGUGGUGGUGAACAGGUUUAGAGAGGCGAGAGUGGUGGUGAACAGGUUUAGAGAGGAGAGAGUGGUAGUGGUGAACAGGUUUAGAGAGGAGAGAGUGGUGGUGGUGAACAGGUUUAGAGAGGAGAGAGUGGUGGUGGUGAACAGGUUUAGAGAGGAGAGAGUGGUGGUUGUGAACAGGUUUAGAGAGGAGAGAGUGGUGGUGAACAGGUUUAGAGAGGAGAGAGUGGUGGUGAACAGGUUUAGAGAGGAGAGAGUGGUGGUGGUGAACAGGUUUAGAGAGGAGAGAGUGGUAGUGGUGAACAGGUUUAGAGAGGAGAGAGUGGUGGUGGUGAACAAGUGUAGAGAGGAGAGAGUGGUGGUGGUGAACAGGUUUAGAGAGGAGAGAGUGGUGGUGAACAGGUUUAGAGAGGAGAGAGUGGUGGUGAACAGGUUUAGAGAGGAGAGAGUGGUGGUGAACAGGUUUAGAGAGGAGAGAGUGGUGGUGAACAGGUUUAGAGAGGAGAGAGUGGUGGUGGUGAACAGGUUUAGAGAGGAGAGAGUGGUGGCGGUGAACACGUUUAUAGAGGAGAGAGUGGUGGUGGUGAACAGGUUUAGAGAGGAGAGAUUGGUGGUGGUGAACAGGUUUAGAGAGGAGAGAGUGGUGGUAGUGAACAGGUUUUUUGAGGAGAGAGUGGUGGUGGUGAACAGGUUUAGAGAGGAGAGAGUGGUGGUGAACAGGUUUAGAGAGGAGAGAGUGGUGGUGGUGAACAGGUUUAGAGAGGAGAGAGUGGUGGUCGUGAACAAGUUUAGAGAGGAGAGAGUGGUGGUGAACAGGUUUAGAGAGGAGAGAGUGGUGGUGGUGAACAGGUUUAGAGAGGAGAGAGUGGUGGUGGUGAACAGGUUUAGAGAGGAGAGAGUGGUGGUGAACAGGUUUAGAGAAGAGAUAGUGGUGGUGGUGAACAGGUUUAGAGAGGAGAGAGUGGUGGUGAACAGGUUUAGAGAGGAGAGAGUGGUGGUGAACAGGUUUAGAGAGGAGAGAGUGGUGGUGGUGAACAGGUUUAGAGAGGAGAGAGUGGUGGUGGUGAACAGGUUUAGAGAGGAGAGAGUGGUGGUGGUGAACAGGUUUAGAGAAGAGAUAGUGGUGGUGGUGAACAUGUUUAGAGAGGAGAGAGUGGUGGUGGUGAACAGGUUUAGAGAGGAGAGAGUGGUGGUGAACAGGUUUAGAGAGGAGAGAGUGGUGGUGAACAGGUUUAGAGAGGAGAUAGUGGUGGUAGUGAACAGGUUUAGAGAGGAGAUAGUGGUGGUAGUGAACAGGUUUAGAGAGGAGAGAGUGGUGGUGGUGAACAGGUUUAGAGAGGAGAGAGUGGUGGUGAACAGGUUUAGAGAGGAGAUAGUGGUGGUGGUGAACAGGUUUAGAGAGGAGAGAGUGGUGGUGGUGAACAGGUUUAGAGAGGAGAUAGUGGUGGUAGUGAACAGGUUUAGAGAGGAGAGAGUGGUGGUGGUGAACAGGUUUAGAGAGGAGAGAGUGGUGGUGAACAGGUUUAGAGAGGAGAUAGUGGUGGUGGUGAACAGGUUUAGAGAGGAGAGAGUGGUGGUGGUGAACAGGUUUAGAGAGGAGAGAGUGGUGGUGGUGAACAGGUUUAGAGAGGAGAGAGUGGUGUUGGUGAACAGGUUUAGAGAGGAGAGAGUGGUGGUGAACAGGUUUAGAGACGAGAGAGUGGUGGUGAACAGGUUUAGAGAGGAGAGAGUGGUGGUAGUGAACAGGUUUAGAGAGGAGAGAGUGGUGGUGGUGAACAGGUUUAGAGAGGAGAGAGUGGUGGUGGUGAACAGGUUUAGAGAGGAGAGAGUGGUGGUGGUGAACAGGUUUAGAGAGGAGAGAGUGGUGGUGGUGAACAGGUUUAGAGAGGAGAGAGUGGUAGUGGUGAACAGGUUUAGAGAGGAGAGAGUGGUGGUGAACAGGUUUAGAGAGGAGAGAGUGGUAGUGGUGAACAGGUUUAGAGAGGAGAGAGAGGUGGUGGUGAACAGGUUUAGAGAGGAGAGAGUGGUGGUGGUGAACAAGUUUAGAGAGGAGAGAGUGGUGGUGAACAGGUUUAGAGAGGAGAGAGUGGUGGUGAACAGGUUUAGAGAGGAGAGAGUGGUAGUGGUGAACAGGUUUAGAGAGGAGAGAGUGGUGGUGGUGAACAGGUUUAGAGAGGAGAGAGUGGUGGUGGUGAACAGGUUUAGAGAGGAGAGAGUGGUGGUUGUGAACAGGUUUAGAGAGGAGAGAGUGGUGGUGAACAGGUUUAGAGAGGAGAGAGUGGUGGUGAACAGGUUUAGAGAGGAGAGAGUGGUGGUGGUGAACAGGUUUAGAGAGGAGAGAGUGGUAGUGGUGAACAGGUUUAGAGAGGAGAGAGUGGUGGUGGUGAACAAGUGUAGAGAGGAGAGAGUGGUGGUGGUGAACAGGUUUAGAGAGGAGAGAGUGGUGGUGAACAGGUUUAGAGAGGAGAGAGUGGUGGUGAACAGGUUUAGAGAGGAGAGAGUGGUGGUGAACAGGUUUAGAGAGGAGAGAGUGGUGGUAGUGAACAGGUUUAGAGAGGAGAGAGUGGUGGUGAACAGGUUUAGAGAGGAGAGAGUGGUGGUGAACAGGUUUAGAGAGGAGAGAGUGGUGGUGGUGAACAGGUUUAGAGAGGAGAGAGUGGUGGUGAACAGGUUUAGAGAGGAGAGAGUGGUGGUGGUGAACAGGUUUAGAGAGGAGAGAGUGGUAGUGGUGAACAGGUUUAGAGAGGAGAGAGUGGUGGUAGUGAACAGGUUUAGAGAGGAGAGAGUGGUAGUGGUGAACAGGUUUAGAGAGGAGAGAGAGGUGGUGGUGAACAGGUUUAGAGAGGAGAGAGUGGUGGUGGUGAACAAGUUUAGAGAGGAGAGAGUGGUGGUGAACAGGUUUAGAGAGGCGAGAGUGGUGGUGAACAGGUUUAGAGAGGAGAGAGUGGUAGUGGUGAACAGGUUUAGAGAGGAGAGAGUGGUGGUGGUGAACAGGUUUAGAGAGGAGAGAGUGGUGGUGGUGAACAGGUUUAGAGAGGAGAGAGUGGUGGUUGUGAACAGGUUUAGAGAGGAGAGAGUGGUGGUGAACAGGUUUAGAGAGGAGAGAGUGGUGGUGAACAGGUUUAGAGAGGAGAGAGUGGUGGUGGUGAACAGGUUUAGAGAGGAGAGAGUGGUAGUGGUGAACAGGUUUAGAGAGGAGAGAGUGGUGGUGGUGAACAAGUGUAGAGAGGAGAGAGUGGUGGUGGUGAACAGGUUUAGAGAGGAGAGAGUGGUGGUGAACAGGUUUAGAGAGGAGAGAGUGGUGGUGAACAGGUUUAGAGAGGAGAGAGUGGUGGUGAACAGGUUUAGAGAGGAGAGAGUGGUGGUGAACAGGUUUAGAGAGGAGAGAGUGGUGGUGGUGAACAGGUUUAGAGAGGAGAGAGUGGUGGCGGUGAACACGUUUAUAGAGGAGAGAGUGGUGGUGGUGAACAGGUUUAGAGAGGAGAGAUUGGUGGUGGUGAACAGGUUUAGAGAGGAGAGAGUGGUGGUAGUGAACAGGUUUUUUGAGGAGAGAGUGGUGGUGGUGAACAGGUUUAGAGAGGAGAGAGUGGUGGUGAACAGGUUUAGAGAGGAGAGAGUGGUGGUGGUGAACAGGUUUAGAGAGGAGAGAGUGGUGGUCGUGAACAAGUUUAGAGAGGAGAGAGUGGUGGUGAACAGGUUUAGAGAGGAGAGAGUGGUGGUGGUGAACAGGUUUAGAGAGGAGAGAGUGGUGGUGGUGAACAGGUUUAGAGAGGAGAGAGUGGUGGUGAACAGGUUUAGAGAAGAGAUAGUGGUGGUGGUGAACAGGUUUAGAGAGGAGAGAGUGGUGGUGAACAGGUUUAGAGAGGAGAGAGUGGUGGUGAACAGGUUUAGAGAGGAGAGAGUGGUGGUGGUGAACAGGUUUAGAGAGGAGAGAGUGGUGGUGGUGAACAGGUUUAGAGAGGAGAGAGUGGUGGUGGUGAACAGGUUUAGAGAAGAGAUAGUGGUGGUGGUGAACAUGUUUAGAGAGGAGAGAGUGGUGGUGGUGAACAGGUUUAGAGAGGAGAGAGUGGUGGUGAACAGGUUUAGAGAGGAGAGAGUGGUGGUGAACAGGUUUAGAGAGGAGAUAGUGGUGGUAGUGAACAGGUUUAGAGAGGAGAUAGUGGUGGUAGUGAACAGGUUUAGAGAGGAGAGAGUGGUGGUGGUGAACAGGUUUAGAGAGGAGAGAGUGGUGGUGAACAGGUUUAGAGAGGAGAUAGUGGUGGUGGUGAACAGGUUUAGAGAGGAGAGAGUGGUGGUGGUGAACAGGUUUAGAGAGGAGAUAGUGGUGGUAGUGAACAGGUUUAGAGAGGAGAGAGUGGUGGUGGUGAACAGGUUUAGAGAGGAGAGAGUGGUGGUGAACAGGUUUAGAGAGGAGAUAGUGGUGGUGGUGAACAGGUUUAGAGAGGAGAGAGUGGUGGUGGUGAACAGGUUUAGAGAGGAGAGAGUGGUGGUGGUGAACAGGUUUAGAGAGGAGAGAGUGGUGUUGGUGAACAGGUUUAGAGAGGAGAGAGUGGUGGUGAACAGGUUUAGAGACGAGAGAGUGGUGGUGAACAGGUUUAGAGAGGAGAGAGUGGUGGUAGUGAACAGGUUUAGAGAGGAGAGAGUGGUGGUGGUGAACAGGUUUAGAGAGGAGAGAGUGGUGGUGGUGAACAGGUUUAGAGAGGAGAGAGUGGUGGUGGUGAACAGGUUUAGAGAGGAGAGAGUGGUGGUGGUGAACAGGUUUAGAGAGGAGAGAGUGGUAGUGGUGAACAGGUUUAGAGAGGAGAGAGUGGUGGUGAACAGGUUUAGAGAGGAGAGAGUGGUAGUGGUGAACAGGUUUAGAGAGGAGAGAGAGGUGGUGGUGAACAGGUUUAGAGAGGAGAGAGUGGUGGUGGUGAACAAGUUUAGAGAGGAGAGAGUGGUGGUGAACAGGUUUAGAGAGGAGAGAGUGGUGGUGAACAGGUUUAGAGAGGAGAGAGUGGUAGUGGUGAACAGGUUUAGAGAGGAGAGAGUGGUGGUGGUGAACAGGUUUAGAGAGGAGAGAGUGGUGGUGGUGAACAGGUUUAGAGAGGAGAGAGUGGUGGUUGUGAACAGGUUUAGAGAGGAGAGAGUGGUGGUGAACAGGUUUAGAGAGGAGAGAGUGGUGGUGAACAGGUUUAGAGAGGAGAGAGUGGUGGUGGUGAACAGGUUUAGAGAGGAGAGAGUGGUAGUGGUGAACAGGUUUAGAGAGGAGAGAGUGGUGGUGGUGAACAAGUGUAGAGAGGAGAGAGUGGUGGUGGUGAACAGGUUUAGAGAGGAGAGAGUGGUGGUGAACAGGUUUAGAGAGGAGAGAGUGGUGGUGAACAGGUUUAGAGAGGAGAGAGUGGUGGUGAACAGGUUUAGAGAGGAGAGAGUGGUGGUAGUGAACAGGUUUAGAGAGGAGAGAGUGGUGGUGAACAGGUUUAGAGAGGAGAGAGUGGUGGUGAACAGGUUUAGAGAGGAGAGAGUGGUGGUGGUGAACAGGUUUAGAGAGGAGAGAGUGGUGGUGAACAGGUUUAGAGAGGAGAGAGUGGUGGUGGUGAACAGGUUUAGAGAGGAGAGAGUGGUGGUGAACAGGUUUAGAGAGGAGAUAGUGGUGGUGGUGAACAGGUUUAGAGAGGAGAGAGUGGUGGUGGUGAACAGGUUUAGAGAGGAGAGAGUGGUGGUGGUGAACAGGUUUAGAGAGGAGAGAGUGGUGUUGGUGAACAGGUUUAGAGAGGAGAGAGUGGUGGUGAACAGGUUUAGAGACGAGAGAGUGGUGGUGAACAGGUUUAGAGAGGAGAGAGUGGUGGUAGUGAACAGGUUUAGAGAGGAGAGAGUGGUGGUGGUGAACAGGUUUAGAGAGGAGAGAGUGGUGGUGGUGGUGAACAGGUUUAGAGAGGAGAGAGUGGUGGUGGUGAACAGGUUUAGAGAGGAGAGAGUGGUGGUGGUGAACAGGUUUAGAGAGGAGAGAGUGGUGGUGGUGAACAGGUUUAGAGAGGAGAGAGUGGUGGUGGUGAACAGGUUUAGAGAGGAGAGAGUGGUGGUAGUGAACAGGUUUAGAGAGGAGAGAGUGGUAGUGGUGAACAGGUUUAGAGAGGAGAGAGUGGUGGUGAACAGGUUUAGAGAGGAGAGAGUGGUAGUGGUGAACAGGUUUAGAGAGGAGAGAGAGGUGGUGGUGAACAGGUUUAGAGAGGAGAGAGUGGUGGUGGUGAACAAGUUUAGAGAGGAGAGAGUGGUGGUGAACAGGUUUAGAGAGGAGAGAGUGGUGGUGAACAGGUUUAGAGAGGAGAGAGUGGUAGUGGUGAACAGGUUUAGAGAGGAGAGAGUGGUGGUGGUGAACAGGUUUAGAGAGGAGAGAGUGGUGGUGGUGAACAGGUUUAGAGAGGAGAGAGUGGUGGUUGUGAACAGGUUUAGAGAGGAGAGAGUGGUGGUGAACAGGUUUAGAGAGGAGAGAGUGGUGGUGAACAGGUUUAGAGAGGAGAGAGUGGUGGUGGUGAACAGGUUUAGAGAUUAGAGAGUGGUAGUGGUGAACAGGUUUAGAGAGGAGAGAGUGGUGGUGGUGAACAAGUGUAGAGAGGAGAGAGUGGUGGUGGUGAACAGGUUUAGAGAGGAGAGAGUGGUGGUGAACAGGUUUAGAGAGGAGAGAGUGGUGGUCAACAGGUUUAGAGAGGAGAGAGUGGUGGUGAACAGGUUUAGAGAGGAGAGAGUGGUGGUAGUGAACAGGUUUAGAGAGGAGAGAGUGGUGGUGAACAGGUUUAGAGAGGAGAGAGUGGUGGUGAACAGGUUUAGAGAGGAGAGAGUGGUGGUGAACAGGUUUAGAGAGGAGAGAGUGGUGGUGAACAGGUUUAGAGAGGAGAGAAUGGUGGUGAACAGGUUUAGAGAGGAGAGAGUGGUGGUGGUGAACAAGUUUAGAGAGGAGAGAGUGGUGGUGGUGAACAGGUUUAGAGAGGAGAGAGUGGUGGUGGUGAACAGGUUUAGAGAGGAGAGAGUGGUGGUGAACAGGUUUAGAGAGGAGAGAGUGGUGGUGGUGAACAGGUUUAGAGAGGAGAGAGUGGUGGUGGUGAACAGGUUUAGAGAGGAGAGAGUGGUGGUGGUGAACAGGUUUAGAGAGGAGAGAGUGGUGGUGAACAGGUUUAGAGAGGAGAGAGUGGUGGUGGUGAACAGGUUUAGAGAGGAGAGAGUGGUGGUGGUGAACAGGUUUAGAGAGGAGAGAGUGGUGGUGGUGAACAGGUUUAGAGAGGAGAGAGUGGUGGUGGUGAACAGGUUUAGAGAGGAGAGAGUGGUGGUGAACAGGUUUAGAGAGGAGAUAGUGGUGGUGAACAGGGGAAAGGAGAGUGCUAAAAUGAAAAUAAAUUCUUUAAAAUGGAAUAAAGAGAGCAAGGAAUUAUCCUGAGCAGAGGAGAGGAGAGGGGUAUAGAGAUGGAGAGUAGAGAAGUGAAUUAUCCUGAGGAGAGGAGAGGAGAGGAGAGGGGUAUAGAGAUGGAGAGUAGAGAAGUGAGGGAUGGAUUGAGGCGAGAAGCAGAGGGACUUGGAUGACUAGCUAUUUGGAUGAUGGAUAGAGCAGAGCGGAGGAAUGAGAGUGGGGAAAGAGGGAGUCGGAUGAAUAGAGACUAAGUGAGGGAUGAGUGAGGGGAACGAAGGAGAAGAAUCUGCAGAAGAAAGAGAGGAGAGAGAUCGCCAUAGCUUCUGUAUUGAUAGAAGUUUGAACUUGGCACUUAACAGACGCUGCCCCCCCCCCCCUCCCUCUCCAUCCAUCCCUCCUUCAUUCAUCUCUCCCACUCAAUUCAAUGACAUGGCAUCCAGUUGUAAUGAACUGCUAUUGGCGGAGCUAUAAAUUCCAGUGUUGCCGUUGCCCUCAGGGCACUAAUAUGUGGCGUGCGGCCAUUGAGCGGUUAACAGACACACUCAAUAUUUAGAGCCGACAUUGAUACCUCCCAGUCAUGUAGUUGCAACGUGGCCAAUGCUAACUUAAUGACUGUGUAAUGCGACUGUGGCACUGCUGCAGCUCUAUGGAGGCAGAACUACAGACACGUUUAUCACUGUCAGAGACACUACUGGCCUUAUUCAGUCAAAUAACUGCUAACCAACUGGGUUAUGGGGAUAAGUAUUUUAUGUGUCGGAAUAGAUUCUUCAUUUAUAUACUCUUAAUGUUUAGUCUAGGUUUUUCUACCGCGGAACGUUUUGAUUGGCUCAAACAUCAUGAUGUCUAAUGUUAAGGACGUAAUAUUAAACAUAUGACUUCAAACAUGCUUUCAUUCCCAGGAACGCCAGAAUAAGUCCUUAUUCUAUUCAUAGAAAUGGUGCAGACAAAACACCUGUUGUUUUGGAUUGAGUAGGAUGGGAGGUCUUUUGUAGUGGGUUGAGAUGUGUUUGCCGAUGAUUGAAGCCAUCGGAGCCAUUUCAGGAUAUUCAGAGAAGAAAUGCCAACGCAGAAACAUGUUAUGUGUGUGUGUGUUUGGACAAUAGAGUUAAUAUGUAGGCAGCAGUGGAGAGUUCUCUCUCUCUCUAUAUAUAUAUAUAUUAAUAUAUAUACUAAUGUACACUGCUCAAAAAAAUAAAGGGAACACUUAAACAACACAAUGUAACUCCAAGACAAUCACACUUCUGUGAAAUCAAACUGUCCACUUAGGAAGCAACACUGAUUGACAAUAAAUUUCACAUGCUGUUGUGCAAAUGGAAUAGACAAAAGGUGGAAAUUAUAGGCAAUUAGCAAGACUCCCCCAAAAAAGGAGUGAUUCUGCAGGUGGUGACCACAGACCACUUCUCAGUUCCUAUGCUUCCUGGCUGAUGUUUUGGUCACUUUUGAAUGCUGGCGGUGCUCUCACUCUAGUGGUAGCAUGAGACGGAGUCAGAACCCACACAAGUGGCUCAGGUAGUGCAGUUCAUCCAGGAUGGCACAUCAAUGCGAGCUGUGGCAAAAAGGUUUGCUGUGUCUGUCAGCGUAGUGUCCAGAGCAUGGAGGCGCUACCAGGAGACAGGCCAGUACAUCAGGAGACGUGGAGGAGGCCGUAGGAGGGCAACAACCCAGCAGCAGGACCGCUACCUCCGCCUUUGUGCAAGGAGGUGCACUGCCAGAGCCCUGCAAAAUGACCUCCAGCAGGCCACAAAUGUGCAUUGGGGCAUGGGGUUGAGGGUUGAGGGUUGAGCAUGGGGUUGAGAUCUGGAAACUGGCUAGGUCACUCCAGGACCUUGAAAUGCUUCUUACGAAGCCACUCCUUCGUUGCCCGGGCGGUGUGUUUGGGAUCAUUGUCAUGCUGAAAGACCCAGCCACGUUUCAUCUUCAAUGCUCUUGCUGAUUGAAGGAGGUUUUCACUCAAAAUCUCACGAUACAUGGCCCCAUUCGUUCUUUCCUUUACACGGAUCAGUCGUCCUGGUCCCUUUGCAGAAAAACAGCCUCAAAGCAUGAUGUUUCCACCCCCAUGCUUCACAGUAGGUAUUGUGUUCUUUGGAUGCAACUCAGCAUUCUUUGUCCUCCUAAGGCGACGAGUUGAUUUUUUACCAAAAAGUUAUAUUUUGGUUUCAUCUGACCAUAUGACAUUCUCCCAAUCUUCUUCUGGAUCAUCCAAUUGCUCUCUAGAAAACUUCAGACGGGCCUGGACAUGUACUGGCUUAAGCAGGGGGACACGUCUGGCACUGCAGGAUUUGAGUCCCUGGCGGCGUUGUGUGUUACUGAUGGUAGGCUUUGUUACUUUGGUCCCAGCUCUCUGCAGGUCAUUCACUAGGUCCCCCCGUGUGGUUCUGGGAUUUUUUCUCACCGUUCUUGUGAUUAUUUUGACCCCACGGGGUGAGAUCUUGCAUGGAGCCCCAGAUCGAGGGAGAUUAUCAGUGGUCUUGUAUGUCUUCCAUUUCCUAAUAAUUGCUCCCACAGUUGAUUUCUUCAAACCAAGCUGCUUACCUAUUGCAGAUUCAGUCUUCCCAGCCUGGUGCAGGUACAAUUUUGUUUCUGGUGUCCUUUGACAGCUCUUUGGUCUUAGCCAUAGUGGAGUUUGGAGUGUGACUGUUUGAGGUUGUGGACAGGUGUCUUUUAUACUGAUAACAAGUUCAAACAGGUGCCAUUAAUACAGGUAACGAGUGGAGAACAGAGGAGCCUCUUAAAGAAGAAGUUACAGGUCUGUGAGAGCCAGAAAUCUUGCUUGUUUGUAGGAGACCAAAUACUUAUUUUCCACCAUAAUUUGCAAAUAAAUUCAUUAAAAAUCCUACUAUGUGAUUUUCUGGAUUUUUUUUUCUCAUUUUGUCUGUCAUAGUUGAAGUGUACCUAUGAUGAAAAUUACAGGCCUCUCAUCUUUUUAAGUGGGAGAACUUGCACAAUUGGUGGCUGACUAAAUACUUUUUUGCCCCACUGUAUAUCUUUUUAUCUACCCCCCCCCUCUCUCUCUGUCUGUCUGUCUGUCUGUCUGUCUGUCUGUCUGUCUGUCUGUCUCUCUCAAUUCAAUUCUCUCUCUCUCUCUCUCUCUCUCUCUCUCUCUCUCUCUCUCUCUGUCUCUCUCUGUCUCUCUCUCUCUCUCUCUCUCUCUCUCUCUCUCUCUCUCUCUCUCUCUCUCUCUCUACCUGUAUCUCUGUUUAUGUAAUUCCUCUAUAUUUAAUCAUCUUCUUUAUUAAACAUCAAUCUCUUAUCAUAGCCAGGUUGCUCAAGAUCUACUGUGAAAUUCAAAGUCCGUCCAGAUAAGCAGGACCUCGGGAGAUGACUUCAAAUCCGGUCACUAGGGGCGAUUACCAUCAAGUAGGGUUUUAUUAGGUCGUUGUGGACGGGAAUGGUGGAUGGGCGUAGGUUGUGAGGUUCGGCUCUGAACCGAAAAAUGGUUUAACCCUAUCCCAAAACCUUAACCCUUACCUUAACCUUUUAGAAUCAAUGUCUAAACUUAACCUUUCAAAUUUGACGUUUAUCGACAAACGUUGGAUUCUGUAGUGAGACUGUGAGAGUUUGUUUUUUAUUCUGCUCAGAGGCACACACACAC